UAUCGCAAACAACUGUCACCUCUAAUUUGUAGUUUGUAAAAGUUGUAAAAUAAAUUAAAAAAUGCGAAACUAUAAGAGGAAAACCCCCAAAAGAGAUCCCGCUGUUCUUCGAGCAGCAGUUGCAGCCAUGAAGUCGGGAACUUCCCUACGAGCGGCAUCCAGUAUAUUCGAAAUACCACGAAGUACACUAUUGCUCCAUCGGAGAAAUAAUGAGUCUAUAAUACCAGACGAUCCGGAAACACCAGAGGUGGAUAUAAAUAAUGUGGAGAUUUCGCCAAUAGGAUACAAGACCGUAUUCACCCAAGAUCAGGAAUCUGUUUUGGAACAAUUUCUUAAAGUGGCCAACGAUCACUUUGGUUUAACUUCGAAACAAGCCCGAUCCUUAGCUUAUCAAUAUGUUAAACACAUCAAUGUAGUCGCUCCAUUUUCCUGGCAUCGUGAUGAGAUGGCGGGUUUGGAAUGGUUUCGCAGUUUUAAGGCUCGACAUCCAAAAUUAAAUCUAACAAAGCCCGAGGGAACCAACUCUGAUGCCAUGAAUGUGGCUGAAUUCUUUACGAAUUACUUUUCAGUUGUAAAAGCUGAGUAA